GAACGGUGUUGGUGUUGAGCGUGUUGAGUGCCACUGCUAGUGCGACAUGGCGACCGCAGCCAAAACGACCCCGCAAGAUUUGCCGCCGAAGGGCGGAUACGGUCCAAUUGUGACCGAAAGGACUAAAUUGCGGUCCAUUUUCAGCGGUCGGUCGAUGAUACUUGGAUAUUUCGCUGUCACGUCAGUCUCAUUCUACAUUUACUUCAAGGGCUAUAAAGUCAUAAAAAAACAUGAAGUUGAAAUGAGAAGCGCCAGAAUGGUCAUGUUCCCUCUACUGCUUGCUGAACGGGAUCGAGAAUAUUUGAAGCAGCUGAGACGGAAUCGUGACUCUGAAACGGAACUUAUGAAGAACGUUAAGAAUUGGGAGACUGGAACGUACUAUGGAGAGCCUAUUUACAAGACGGCCAAGAGCAGUAAACUGAUAGAGCCUGACUGUCUUGAGUAUUACGCUUUUGCUUCAGAUAAAGAUUAUCAGGACCGUGCUGAAAUCUCAUUGUGGACUUAAGUUUAAAACCCAAAGUAGAUUCCAGAGAGAUUCACAUAAUGAUAUUUUAGUGCUGAUUGUAAUUCUUACAUGUGUUAAAUAAAAUUGUGUAUGAUGGAAACAA